AUGCAAGAAUUCGAAUCAACACCCAGUACACCUAUUCGUCGAUCCAAGCGUUUUCAGGAGCCUUUGGUCACUCCAUCUCGCGGUUUAAACCCAGAUGUGGACCCUUCUACUUUAUGGUCGAGCGAGCCCAUAUAUAUUCGACCCAGUCGUAAGGAAGAUCUGUAUGAAGAGGAGGAAUGGGAUGAGGUAGGAGAAUUGAAGACGUCCUUUUAUCAGUCAUUCUCUCGUAUGAUACGUACGGGAAAGCCACGGUCGCGCAGGGAUAGCAAAGGGAAAGCCCGCCAGGAGGAUCAGAAUGAGACAUUCCGAGUUGGAGAUGCGAUUCUUGUACGAACACUGGCAAAGGUCCCUAGCGUUGGAGUGAUCGUGUCAAUGUGGGAAACAGGUCCAAAGAGGCGAACUAGACGAGAAAGCGAAUCGAGUGCCAAGGUCAAGGUCCACUGGUUCAUGAGACCGGAGGAGUUACCUCGCAUUGGUGCUUCACGAAGUUACUAUGAAAACGAGAUCUAUUAUCUAGUGUCUAACGUGGCUGUCUUAACGCCCGAUGAUAUAAUGUGCCAAUGUACCGUCUCAAACGAAGCUCCAGCAGGCGCAGAACUCCGAACACGGUCGCAAUGGUGGGUAUCAGUGUUAAAACAUGCGCCUAGAACAGCUGUAGGAUCGAAUCAUAAAGGCAGCCAUUUCCACUGUCAUUUUGCUGUUGACUCUGCGCGUGGACUGUACUAUCAAUUCGAUUGGGAGGCACACAGGCAACAGGCUUUGACAUUAUCAGUCGACUUGGAAGAGCAGACCAACGGACAAUCAUGGGACGUCGGUAUCCAAACCGCCUCCAACAAGCUCAGGUUAGAGAAGAAACAGAAACGCGACGAUGAUUCAGACCAAAGUGAAGAUGUUGGUUCGGGAGAAGAAUAUCAAACGUCUGAAACGUCGGCAGACGAGCUUGAUAUGCUCCCUAUGCGUUCGAAGGGGCUCUCUGAACCAGAGUCGGUCAUCGAAGAAGAAGAAUUAAUUGACAACAUUCCUAGAACGCCGUCUAGAAAGCGUAAACGAACUAUAAGCUCGCCCUCUAAGGCAACACCUCGGCGUAAGCGUACCCAGAAUCUGGCAGCACCUACACCGCAUUCCAAAGCUGCUAUCCGAGCUCGCGAAAAGCGAGGUCGUAAAGCCACCUCUGUCCGACUACCACCCCCAGACUUCACACAAGAACACUAUCGACAACUACAGAAACUUCCUCCCGACCCGUGGCUGAGGGCAAUGCAUGUGCUACAUGUCGCCGCAAGACCAGACAUUUUGCCUUGCAGAGAAGAAGAAUAUGGACGGGUGCUACGGACUGUAGAAGAGCUUCUAGAAGAAGGUAGUGGUGGAUGUGUUUAUAUAUCCGGGGUCCCUGGCACAGGCAAAACAGCCACCGUGCACGCCAUCGUAAGAGAGUUGAAGCGCAUGGCUGAGAAUAACGAAACGAAUCCAUUUACAUAUGUCGAAAUCAAUGGCCUCAGGCUGCCAGAGCCGUCUGCUGCUUAUAAUGUUCUAUGGGAGGCGGUAUCAGGCCAUGAUAUAGCUUCAGAUGGACAUCUCAAGAUCAGCUCGAAAGAGUCUCUCAAACAACUCAGUAGACAUUUCAGUGCUGGUGUUAGAGCAGGUCCCAGUAACCACGCUUGUGUGGUGCUCAUGGAUGAAUUAGACCAGCUAGUCACAGCUAAACAAGAUGUCGUGUAUAACUUUUUCAACUGGCCAACACUUGCUGGUUCAAAGCUUGUGGUUCUUGCAGUUGCAAACACCAUGGAUCUUCCAGAGAGAGUGAUGUCAAACAGAGUACGUAGCAGACUGGGAAUGACUCGUAUCAAUUUCCAGCCCUAUACGACGCUUCAGCUAGAAAAGAUCGUCCAUGCCCGCUUGCAGAGCGCAAAGGAAGGCCUAAACGAACCUCAAGAUGUUAUCUCUGCAGAUGGUGUCAAAUUUGCUGCGAUGAAAGUCUCAUCAAUCAGCGGAGAUGCUCGUCGUGUUUUAGAUAUUUGUAGGCGUGCAGUGGAGCAAGUCCAACAGCGAGGAAGCGCUGCAAAAACAGAAGAUGUAAAGGAAGUUAUCAGAGUUAUGCAAAACAGUCCUACUGCAGCGUACCUUCGCGAGUGCAGCUUUCAUGAGCGUAUAAUGCUUGCGUCGCUUAUAAAAUGUAUAAAGAGGGAAGGCAUAGAUGAAAUCAAAUGGGGAGAAAUCCAACGCCAACAUCUCCUGUACAUCGACGCGCUCGCAGGAGAGGACGAUCCAAAGCGCAAGCCCACAUUUGGAGAAUUGGUCUUGAUCCUCGAUUCGCUGCUUGCAUCGCGUGCUAUGUUAAAGGAGGAUGGGCUCGCUGCUGCCAGAAAACCAGAGGGAGAACGCAGGGUUAUCUUGAAUCUAGAGCAGAUAGAAGUAGAAAGGGUACUAGGUGAAGUUGGAGGUCACCACUGGAAGACAGCUCUGGGUAGUUGAUUCGGAUUUGUAGUUUGAACUUGGGCAAGUCUAAAGCUUUUACGCC